ACCGUACAAGAAAUCCUAACGUAUUCAUUCCUUAAAUUCCGAAAUGAGCGAAGAGAACGUCUCGGAAAACUACAUCAUGCUGCAAAAUACCUCAAACUACACGUAUCUGGGCGACAACAACCUGGAAAGCCUCUACAUGUUUUACAUCCCUCCAAUGCUACUAUUUUGCUUGGCGUCAAUAAUCAUCAACUUUAGGGUGUUACUGGCGGUACAUUGGAUUCGACGGCCGUUAUCGCCAACGCUUCACAUUAGCCUAAGUCUAGCGGCUGCUGACGCGUGUACAUCCGCACUGCUAGGUUUGGGGUUGCUAUUAAAUAGCUAUCUACCGAAAGUGUACGGAAUCGAAAUAGCAUCGUGUUUAGCACUGUUAACGAUCGAAAUGUACCGCCUAAGUGGUGUAAUAAUCACCGUAAUGCACCUGUUGGCUUUAAGUAUCAACCAUUACUUGGGCAUUUUGAAACCGCUCCAUUACAUAUCCAUCAUGACCACGAGGAAAACGACAAUCACCGUCAUACUACUAUGGAUCAUUCCAAUCGCAUUCAUAAAAACCUACUUUUUUACGGUUUCGGAUGAUGACUUUUGGGAGGUUGGCUGUGUUACGCUAUCAUUUUUGUCAGAAAUCAAAUUUAGAAUCGUUUUCUCGUCGCUUUUCUUCGUGCCGCUGAUCCUGAUGAUCUUCUGUUAUACGCACAUUCUUCUGCUGGUCAGAAAACAGCAGAAAAUAUGGUCGCAACUGUCGAGAAGCGGCAGUACACGAUAUAGGGGAGUGAGGACAAAUCGGCAUGGCAUUAAUUCGCAACAGCGACAAAUGGAAGGAAACGUUAAGGCGAUUUAUACGACGUUAUUUAUUUUGGGCUCGUGCGUAGUUGGAUGGUUGCCCGCGGUGAUAACGUAUUUGAUUAUAUGUCCAAAGGGGUGCCUCUACAGUGGGAAGGAAUUGGAAAGAAUACGUACGGAGAACAUUCACAUGUUUUUCUACAUAUCGUGGUUCACAAACGUACUGAUUAUAUUGAAAACUUUAGCAAAUCCGAUUAUUUAUUCGUGUAGGAUGAUAGAAAUUAAGGAGGGCACGAGAAAAAUGCACACCGCUCUCUCGCGAACGUGGAGAGGAUCACAAAGGACAGAAGAACGACACAUGUCUGGUUCUCAACGGUCACAGCAGGCAUUUGGUGGUGCUAUGAGGGUGGGCAUGACCAGCCUGUGCAGAUUAAAUGGAAACAUCAGCCACAGAAGCAUUCGCCGUUCGGAGCUGGACAAUACGUUACUGUAGCGAUAAUGUACCAAUUCGCUGUAUAACAAAUGCACAUCUUUUUUACACGUAAAUGAUAAAUGUAAAAAAUGCCGCUUCAUUCAAAUGGCAAUUUUCGAUUGAUCUCAUAAGUGUCCGUGUUCUCCCUUUACUUUACUUUACCGAACCCAAGGAACCCUUUCUGUAUUUCCUCAGCAUUCCUUGUUCAGAAUAUGACCAGCCGCAACUUCAAAUGAUCUGUCACAUCAGCGUAGACCACUGACCAUAACAUAAGUCUCUAGCAACUCAAAUACAAGGACUCUUAUUGGAUUGCUAUAUUGUAAGUCAGCGCCUCUUCGAAGUACAGGGGACGUCAAAUAAAUUUGUAAUAUUUUAAAUAGACCAAGGACGGCAAUAAGUUAAAUUCAAAGUAUUGUCACAUGGCACUAAUACAUUCUUAGUAUUUAAGUUUAUUUAUACGUCUGCAUAGGAACAUUCUGCGCUGUGAUGUAUCAGAAACGUCAAAGUUAACGUGCAGGUUAUCUGCUAAAAAACGGUAUUUUGCGUUGACGUUUUUGACAGAUUACGCACGUUAAGUUUAACGUUAGUGAUACAUCAAAGGGCCGAAUAUGACGUUUGUUAUGUUACAUUGCAUUGCUUCGGUAUCAAGGCUGUCCCAACUAAAAUUUGCAAUCAAUCAAUUAACAUCAGAACAAAUGCUUAAACAUAUAAUUUUAGUUUCAUCCUGAAUCUCACACCCGCUGAAAAGUGGGGUGAAAUCAUUCAAUACAAACUCGACGUUUUCGAGCAUUCUUCUUUUGUAGAUUUUCCAUAAAGUGGGUCAGUAGGAGGUGCAAAUUUUAGUUCCGAAACCUUGUACGUUUACCGAUAUCGGCCGCUUACCCAGGGUGGGCCAAACUCAUUCGAAGUUGUAAAAGCGCGGAAAAUAUGCGAAUUAAGUAUAUAAACAAAACAAGAAUUUUUUUUAAAAAUCGGUUAAGAUCUUCCGGUCGUGCAGAGAUCUUAAAGUUUGACAAAAACUUAAUUUUAGCAAUUUUUUCAUUUUUGAAUUUGAAAUUUUCAUAGUGUAAUAGUUUGUAACAUCUUCAGGUAGAGUCUACUGAUCUAAACCAAAUUAAAACACAAUGUUUUUAGACUCUAUCUGAAGAUGAUACAAACUAUUACAUUAUGAAAAUUUCAAAUUCAAAAAUGAAAAAAAUUGCAAACAUUAAAUUUUUGUCAAACUUUAGGGCCUCUGCGCGACCGGUAGAUGUUAACCGAUUUUGAAAAAAAAAAUUUUCUUGUUUUAUACUCGGUUUUAUCUAUAUAAGUUGCAAUUUUUCCGCGCUAUUACAACUUCGAUAUAAAAAAAUGAGUUUUUUCGGCCCACUACCCUCCAUGUAAGAAAAAUCUCACAACUGACAAAACGCACCACGCAUCGAUGUGGGUAUCUACUUAUAAAGCAUAUUUUUGUACCAUCCUACAUUUUUAGCACAUUACUUAAGCUUACAUUUUUUAAAUUGUAUAGAUAAGUGCGUGAUAAUUAAGCGAAUAAUAACAUUAAUAAUGUAAAGGGAAAAUACGCUUAAUUACAUUA